UAUAUUAGAAAUCGUUUCUGUGACGCCAGUGCGCAUGCGCAGUUUGUCUCCUUCACUUUGUCCUGUAGCAGUUAGUGUCAAAUCUGAAACACAGGACACACUAAUCUUCGUUUCGCAUCAUCAUUUUAUUUCUGUCUCAACAACAACAUCAUCCUCGAUAUAAUGGCUGUUCCUCCUGCAUACUCAGACCUGGGAAAAGCAGCCAAGGACAUUUUUAGCAAGGGUUACGGUUUUGGGAUUGUUAAAUUGGACCUCAAGACUAAAUCUCAAAAUGGAGUGGAGUUCAACACAUCUGGAUCCACCAACACGGACACGGGAAAAGCUGGCGGGAGUUUGGAGACCAAGUAUAAGAUGAAGGAUCUGGGAUUGAGUUUAAACCAGAAGUGGAACACGGACAACAUGCUCACUACAGAAGUGUCUGUGGAAGACCAGCUCACGCAGGGGUUGAAAGUGGCCCUGGAUACGUCUUUUGUACCAAACACAGGCAAGAAGAGCGGUAAACUGAAGACUGGCUACAAGCAUGACUUCGUCAAUGUGAGCUGCGACAUUGAUUUCGAGGGUCCGGUUGUGCACUCUGCAGCGGUUCUGGGAUAUGAAGGCUGGCUCUUGGGCUACCAGAUGGCGUUUGACACAGCCAAAUCCAAACUGGUGCAAAACAACUUCGCUCUGGGAUACAAGGCCGGAGAUUUCCAGCUUCACACCAACGUUAACGACGGAGCUGAAUUCGGAGGAUCUGUCUAUCAGAAAGUCAGUGAUCAGCUGGAGACGGCCGUCACUUUGGCCUGGACUUCAGGCAGCAACAACACGCGCUUCGGAGUUGCUGCAAAGUACCAGCUCGAUAAAGAUGCCUCGUUGUCUGCCAAAGUGAACAAUGCCAGUCUGAUUGGAGUUGGUUACACUCAGAGUCUUCGACCCGGUGUGAAACUCACUCUCUCGGCCUUGAUCGACGGAAAAAACUUCAACACCGGUGGACACAAAGUAGGACUGGGUUUUGAACUGGAAGCGUAGCUGCCGUAGUGCAAAAGACACAGAAGAAGAGAGACCCAGUCCUCAUGUUGUCCCUCCUACAUCACACACUAGCACUUGAUGACUAAAAACACUUAGCGGCAUGUUGAUGGUUUUUGCAAGUCUGUGGGAGCUGAGUGAAUCAAUCUCAACUGGCCGUAAGAUCUGGCCUUCUAAGGGAAAUAUUUGCCGAUCACCUAAUUUAUUUAACCACAGCCGUAUAUUUACGUAGAGCAAACCAAUUUACAUAAGUAGCAGUAGAUUUGCGAGCUUGGAGUGUUUCUCUGGUGAUGUCAGUGCAUGCUAAGCAAUUGCGUUUGAUUUAUCGUGUCAGUGAGCGAAAGUCACAAACUUGCAUGGUUGUAGUUGAGGUUAUUUCUCAGGAUGCUGCAUCAAGAGUGAUGUUGCACUUCUAGGGCUUUAGGCCUCACAGGAAACUGAACAGGCAGCAUGUGUAUUUUUAGAGCUUGCGACGCUAUCUUUUUCACACUCAUUGAUGGUUAGAGAGCAACUCUGUAUUGUGGGAAAAUAUGCCGCUAGCAAACCAUUUCAAAAGUGUUUCGGUGUACAAAUGAGCUUUUUGUGCAUUGAACUCUUUAUGGGCACAGAUAUCAAAGCAUUGUACAUACCAACUGUUUUUUUCCAUAUUACUAUUAUAUAUAUUGUUAUUAUAUAUAAUAACUAAUUUUGCAAUCUUGAGGAAGUUGGUCUUUGUACCUCAUUUUUCCAGUGGAAAUUGAGAAAUUUUAAUAAACAAAGAAAAAUUGAAUGCUGUUUUGUGUUAUUUAGAGUUGUGCUUGUUUCAUGGCCCUGCUUCACAGUACAAGUCUAAUGAAAAAUACAGUACCGUUCAAAAGUCUGGGGUUAGAAUGAUUUAUUUAUUAAAUAAAUUAAUACUUUUAUUCAGCAAGGAUGCAUUAAAUCGAUCAAAAGUGACAGUAAAUACAUAAAGUUUUAAAAAUGUAUUAUUCAAAUAAAUGCAGUAUUUAAGGAUCAUGUGACACUGAAGACUGGAGUAAUGAUAUUGAAAAUUCAGCUUUGAUCAAAGGAAUAAAUUACAUUUAAAACUAUUGUCAAAUAGAAAACAUGUACUUUAAAUCGUAAUAAUAUUUCACAAUAUUAAUAUUUUUACUGUAUUUCUUAAUCAAAUAAAUGCAAUCUUGGUGAGCAGAAGAGACUUUUUUUCAAAAACAUUAAAAAUAUCUUAUGCACCCCAAACUUUGAAACAGAACUGUAUACCACUUUCUUUACAAAUAUAAUGUAAAACUGCACAACAAAAUUAUUAUUAUUUUUUUUUACAUAGAAUGCACAAUGAAAUGUGAAAAAAUUGUAAUUUUCAUGGCACCAAUAACAAUUUCCUCAUGUUGA